UUGCGGAGCUCCGGGCUGGGCGGAUCGCUGCCCACAGGGAGUCGGGAAUGCCAGGUUCCAGCUGAGCAGCGGUCGCCCGCCGGAGUGCCAGUGGCUCCUUGGAGGUCGAGUCCAAGGACGUGGCUUGAACUCGGGAGGUGGGGCUCAGGACUCCACGCACCAGGGAUGGACGCGCCGGGUGACCUGGAGGGCCCACGCGCACCAGGAGGUGAUGAUCCUGCAGGAAGUGCAGGAGAGACUUCCAGGUGGCUUUCGAGAGAACAGGUUUUUGUACUGAUAUCGGCAGCUUCGAUGAACUUAGGUUCCAUGAUGUGCUAUUCUAUACUUGGACCCUUUUUCCCCAAGGAGGCUGAAAAGAAGGGAACCAGCAACACGAUUAUCGGUAUGAUCUUUGGAUGUUUUGCUUUGUUCGAGUUGCUGGCAUGCUUGGUAUUUGGAAACUAUCUUGUACAUAUUGGAGCAAAAUUUAUGUUUGUAGCAGGAAUGUUUGUCUCAGGAGGAGUUACAAUUCUCUUUGGUGUAUUGGACCGAGUCCCAGAUGGACCAGUAUUUAUUGCUAUGUGUUUUCUAGUGAGAGUAAUGGAUGCAGUUAGCUUUGCUGCAGCAGUGACUGCAUCUUCUUCUAUCCUGGCAAAGGCUUUUCCAAAUAACGUGGCUACAGUAUUGGGAAGUCUUGAGACAUUUUCUGGACUGGGGCUAAUACUAGGUCCUCCUCUAGGUGGCUUUUUAUAUCAGUCCUUUGGCUAUGAAGUGCCCUUUAUUGUUCUGGGAUGCAUCGUUUUGCUGAUGGUACCACUGAAUAUGUAUAUUUUACCCAAUUAUGAGUCUGAUCCAGGUGAACACUCAUUCUGGAAACUGAUUGCUUUACCCAAAGUUGGCCUUAUAGCCUUUGUCAUCAACUCACUCAGCUCAUGUUUUGGCUUCCUUGAUCCUACUCUGUCUCUCUUUGUUUUGGAGAAGUUUAAUUUACCAGCUGGAUAUGUGGGACUAGUAUUCCUGGGUCUGGCACUGUCGUAUGCCAUCUCUUCACCGCUAUUUGGUCUCCUAAGUGAUAAAAUGCCACCUCUAAGGAAAUGGCUUCUGGUGUUUGGCAAUUUAAUCACAGCUGGGUGCUACAUACUCUUAGGGCCUGUCCCAGUCUUGCAUAUUAAAAGUCAGCUUUGGCUGCUGGUGCUGAUACUAGUUGUAAAUGGCAUCUCUGCCGGAAUGAGUAUAAUUCCAACUUUCCCGGAAAUUCUCAGUUGUGCACAUGAAAAUGGGUUUGAAGAGGGAUUAAGUACAUUGGGACUUGUAUCAGGUCUUUUCAGUGCAAUGUGGUCAAUCGGUGCUUUUUUAGGACCAACGCUAGGUGGAUUUCUGUAUGAGAAAAUUGGUUUUGAAUGGGCAGCAGCUAUACAAGGUCUAUGGGCUCUGAUAAGUGGAUUAGCCAUGGGCUUGUUUUAUCUACUGGAGUAUUCAAGGAGAAGAAGGUCUAAAUCUCAAAACAUCCUCAGCACAGAGGAGGAACGAACUACUCUCUUGCCUAAUGAAACCUAGUCUGAUGGAUCCUGGAUUGAUACAAGGUUGAGAAAUAAAUGCUUCUGGCCUUAAACAUCACUGUAGGAAGGGUUUCUAAAAUUUUACGCACAAAACUCCGUGGACCCCAUGCCAGUGUCUUGGAAGUGUCAACGUGUUUUUGGAUGAUCUUGUAUUGGGGUUGUACUUACUGUGAUACUGAAAAGCAGUCCUGCUGAACUAGCUAUAUUUGAAAUAUUAAGUAUGAAAAGGGUAAUUAAAAACAAGCAAAACAAAACAAAACAAAACUUAGUUUUUAAGUGACCAAACUUGUCCUUGAAGAUGUUGUUAUUAACUUGAGUUAGUUCUCAUUUCCUCUGUUUAUUUUUUAGUCUGAGUACACUAAUUCUGUGAAUGUACUUUUUUAUGAACAGGGAAAUAAAUGAACUAAUUUGAUAUGCU